AACAACAGGCUGGACCAUAUGACCAGAGUGAGGAGAGAGGGGGGGUGAGAGUGAGAGAGAGAUGAACUGGGUAUGACAGCGGAUCAUUCAGGGCUUGGACAGAAGAGCCAACAGGGAUGAGGAGCAGCUUCUACCUCCCAAAGUUAUGAAUUAUCCAGGAAUUCAGACACUUUAAAAACAUCGUCGGCAUGUGGGACAACGCAGGAGGAUGAGCGCACAUCUGCAUCUUCACAACUUCUCAGGAGCUGGAAGAGCGACUCCCUUCAUAAUGAACUGUGCUGUGAUUCUUCUAUUAACAUUCACCUGGUCUUCAGCUAUAUAUACCCCCAACAGAGCAGCAACCAAGAAGCUGAAGUACCUCCUCGACCCGCCUGUGUACGCUGAGGUCGUUGCUCAAAGGGGAGGAAACGCCACCUUGCCAUGUAUCCUAAGAACCAGACCCAGCCAUUACAAAGUGAAAUGGACCAAGCUGGAGCCGGAACACGUAGGGCAGGAGAACAUUAUCAUGAUAUCAAAUGCACAUGCCUUCAAGCUAUAUGGCCAUCUCGGACCGCGGGCUUCCCUCCGGAAGGCUCACACCAUGGACGCCUCCCUGCAGCUCAGCAGUCUUGAGCUGGAAGAUGGCGGCACGUAUCGCUGCGAGCUUGUCAACGGCAUCGAGGAUGAGAGUGUGGCCAUUACGUUGAGGAUUGAAGGUGUGGUCUUCCCGUAUCAGAGUAAAAGGGGCCGCUACAAUUUCACUUUCCAUGAGGCUAAGGAGGCUUGUGCUGAACAAGAUGGAACAUUAGCCUCAUACAUCCAGCUGUACAGAGCAUGGACGGAGGGUCUAGACUGGUGUAAUGCCGGUUGGCUCGAUGACGGGACCGUUCAUUACCCCAUUAUUCAUCCUCGACCUGUCUGUGGAGGAGAGCCGCUCCCUGGCAUUCGCAGUUAUGGACCAAAAGAUAAGAAUCACGAUCGGUUCGACGCUUUUUGCUUCACCUCCCAGGCGUCUGGCUCUGUCUCCUACAUAUCGGGGUCUUUCUCCUUCAAGCAGGCAGAACACGCAUGUCAACGCCAGGGAGCUGAGCUGGCGUUGGUCGGCCAGCUUUACUCAGCCUGGCGUUUCCAAAACUACGACCAGUGUGACGGCGGAUGGCUGAAAGACGGCAGCGUACGGUUUCCCAUCAGCAACCCCAGGGAGCACUGUGGGGGCAUCCCUGAAGCAGGGGUGCGCUCAUUUGGAUUCCAAAACAAGAUGAUGCAUCUGUACGGCGCCUAUUGCUAUAGGUAGCCUAAAAUAAAGAACUAUACACUUCUUACAUGCGUGUUUCAACAGAGCUGUGAGUCUAAGCAAUAGAACCAGAGGCUCAGAAAUCACUGCACAGCAUAUAUAUACAGCUUGAUCCACCAACUCAAGUGAGCAAGAAAUGCCACAUCUGAAGCAACAGACAAUUACUGAAAGUAGAAUAGUUUAGUCUAAUUUCUAAAACAAAAGGCCCUUUUUACAUCUAACUUGGUGGAUGCAGAGCUAAUUUAGAGAACAGAUAGAACGUCUUUGGAUUUUCUUUUAAAAGUGUACCCACAUUUGUGGGUAUUUGUCUUCAGUUUGAGAUAAAGACAGAACAAAUCUAUGUUAAACUGAUAUAUAAAGAGACAUUUUAUUUUUUCCUGGGUACGGUUUGUCAACGAGCUACUGGCAAAAUGCUGGUAAAAUUUGGUCGUCAAAAUGAAUAAUCAUUUAAAGGGGACAUAUCAUGCUCAUUUUCAGGUUCAUACUUGUACUUUGGGUUUCUACUAGAACAUAUUUACAUGCUUUAAUGUUAAAAAAAAAACAUUAUUUUUCUCAUACUGUCUGUCUGAAUAGACCUGUAUUCACCCUCUGUCUGAAACGCUCCAUUUUAACGCCUGUCUCUCUAAGACCCCUCACCGAAAAAGCCCAGUCUGCUCUGAUUGGCUUGUGAGAAAAAUAUGGUGCACCUUUGCAAAGGUAGUUCUCAAGCUGUGAGCGAUAUAUUCUCAUGAGGCUGCAUGUGACAUAGGAAGGGGAGACAAAU